CAAAAACAAAAAAGUUCAUUUAAAAAAAUUAUUAAUAAAUUUUUCGAUACAUAAACAGUAAAAGUGUUUUUUUUUGGCGGCAAUAAAGAAAGUCGUACGCCUUCCAUGCUUGUGACAAGAAAAUUCGCAAUAUAUUAAUUUUAAUAUUUAUAUAUUUUAUAAUUGUUUUCAACGUAAUAUCGAAAUAACUUUAAUUAAUACACAUAAAAAAUAACUAAAUGAUUUAUAAUAAUAGAGAUAAAUAUGGCAAACCAUAGUUUUCAGAUGAAUUCGUUGGCGCCAAUAGUGAAUAACUUAUCAUUGGCUUCGGCCGCAGCGCCCUGCCCUAGUAGUGCAACAUCGCCGUUAUAUUUCACACAUGUAUUGCCGCCUUCAACAACAAUUGUAGAGCAGCCAUAUGCGUCCGAUUUGGAUCAACAUUUGGGUGAAAGUUUCUUAAUUGAGGAAAUCAUAGACGAUCGCGACGAAGAGGGUAAUAUAGUGUUAGAUGCUGGUGGCGAGUAUUUUAUAACGGGUGAUAGUGUACAAUAUUUUUCAAUACCUGAUAAUGGUGUGCUUGCGAAUGUGGAAGUUGCAGCAGAAGAAUUGCCGCCACAAAUAAUUAUGCAACAAACCGAUGAUGAAGAUGAGGAAAGCGAUGAGUACAUAAAUACUACGCAGAAAGCUUAUGUGGAAAGCGAUUUCGCGAGUUAUGUACCAAACAACUUAGAAUCGAAUAAUUUUCCAAAUAUUAAAAUGGAAAAUGAUGAUAAUAGUUUUGAUAAGUGUGGAUGGAUUAAAGAGGAAAUUGUUGAAAAUGAUGGUUUAAUUAACGAUUCCAGCUGCUCUACAUUUAACGGCUUAGAAAGUUACGUAAACGAUGAUGAGAACAAAAUUGUCAAUUCAAAAAAGCUAUCAUUGAAACGUUGGAAACAGACUAAAGUACCUAUAAGAGUGACACAGGAUGAAUUUAAUGUAACACUGUGGUCAUCUUUGAAUUCUGAGGAUGAAGAUGAUGAAUCACAAGGUACCAAAGAAAACGACUCAGAUUCGAACUUUGAAAAAUUAGUGAUUGAUGAUGGUAUCAUACAUAGUUCUGAUGAGUUAAAUGGUAGCAACUAUAUUAUAUUGCCAGAUCCCUUUACUGGGACCAUUGAAGAAGAAGUCGAGACUGGCUUAAGUGAAGAGAUCAAAGAGGAGAGCGAACAAUCAAUUGAAAUAUCAGAUGAUUUUUAUAUGAAUAAUCAUGAAUUAGAUUACGAUGAAUUAAUAAAUUGCAAUGAAGAUGUGAAAGAUGAAAUCCAAUCGAAGGAAAAUGAACUUUCUAUUCCGUUAAUGAACUCAGUACCGAAAUUAAUAUUUGAUAAAUGUGUAUCGAAUAUGCGGUUAAAACCGAUAUUACCACAAAAAGCCACAUCCACUCAGAUAAUAAGUACCACAAACUCCGCACGAACGAAUAAUACCACAGAAGCUGUUAGUACGUCAGCAACAAACUCUGGUAGUACAAAAGCAAGUCCGUUUCGUUGUACGCAUCGUGGCUGCAAUAAGGAAUUCCGAAACCACUCUGCAAUGCGAAAACAUAUGCAUACGCAUGGACCAAGAGGGCAUGUCUGCGCUGAAUGUGGGAAAUCAUUUGUAGAAAGUUCUAAACUUAAACGCCAUCAACUAGUGCAUACGGGUGAGAAACCAUUCGAAUGCACGUUCGAAGGUUGUGGAAAACGUUUCUCGCUCGACUUCAAUUUACGUACACACGUACGCAUACAUACUGGCGAUAGACCAUAUCACUGUCCUGUAGAUGGUUGUUCCAAGUGUUUUGCACAGUCCACAAAUCUAAAAUCACAUAUGAUUACCCACACUAAGCCCAAACGUAAAUGGUCACGUUUAAAUAACAAUCAGUCAAACACUAAACCACUAGUGGCGCGCUAUGGCCGUCUCGAAUUAGGCGAAGAUCCGAAUUUGGUGUAUUUACUACAAAAUCCAUAACCCCAGAUAUGCUAAGCAUAAUAGAGUUAAAAUUAAUCAUUUUCUUUUUUCAUAUGUAAAUUUAUAUAAUUAAGUUUUAAUUAAAGAAACUAGCAUAGCAUUAAGAGGAUUAAAAUGUAAACAAACAUAAUUAAUUGUUACUGAAAUACAUUAGUGAAAUGCCACCUUCUGCAUUGUGGAUGAAUUUUGAAUAUUCUCUAUUUUAUACUAGCAUUAGAAACUGUUCUCCAGUAAUUGCAAGGUGUCUCACGCCGGAUUAUCAGUAUCCGAAACUUUUAGGAGCUAGGAGCAGUUCAUUUGGAAUGUUUAUUACAUUUAUAUUAUUUUGUAUGUAGUUUUUAAUAUUGUACAGUUUACUACUGAUUAAGUAUCAUUAUAACUAUUGUAUUUAGUACUAUAAUAUAUUAAUAUAAAAGUUCAAUUUUACUUUCAUUGGUAAAUUAUAUGAGAAUGAAGGUUCUACACAAAAUCAGUGCAGAAUAUUACAUAGUU